AUGGCAAUGAAAGACAUCCCUAUCACUACUGUGAUAACCACCAACGGUGAUGAUAAUGAUAACCUCACACAUGUUGGACCACAGGACCCAGGUCACAAAGAUUUGGAAGUAUUCUUUGCCACCAACGCAUUUGACCUUUUAAGCCAAAAACUGAACAAUCUAGAAUGCACUACCAUACUUGGCUCCAAGCCAGAAAGACACAAUGGGACUAUCUCUUCCACUUUCCCUCCGGAUCCACCGGAUUAUGAAGCCAUGUGGCGUGAUAGUUCCGUACACAAUAAACCCCUUGACUUGGUAAGACUGCCGAUGGCCUUGACCAAUGUGGUGCAGAGGAUGAAAGAGCUUAAGCCUAGCCUGUAUACUGGAAUGCCAAGGCUCAAUGACUUUGUUGAUGGCGCAAUAGCAUACUGCAACAUCAUCACGGACAGUACACAGCAAACUGUCCACCUGGCUACCACUGCUUUUAACAACACAGUUAAACCGAUACAACAAGAUCUUCAUGGUACAUCUGCAACAGACAUAACUCUCGCGGGACAUGCUUUGACAGACAAUCUGACAUUGUGGUUACAGCAACAGACCAAUGAAGUCAUCAGGCUCCUUGAUGAGUUGCAACAAGUGAAGACGGACCUAUGGUUCAAAACAGGACAGCAUUCGGGUCAUUAUGCAAACAGUGAAACACGAUUUCACGUGAAGGUGACUGAACAAGCUCUUACUCGCAUUUCGGAAGAUGUAAUUGCCGGACUACAAAGGAAGUCCAGUGUGACCUAUUCAUUGGCAUCACAAGAUUGGGUGAAAAGGAUGACAAUUGCUGAACUCACCAGAAAAUUGAGCCAACGGAGUUCAAGUCGGACAGCCACGAGCGAGGGGUCAGGUGUAACUCAUGAAUACCCUACCUACCUUGUGAAUCAAGUAGGCAGCACAGUGGAACCUCCCUUAUCCACAGCUCAGAUGGGGACCUCGCGCGCACGGGUGCAAGUACGCGGAGGGGGAAGUAACAGGUUCAGCCCGUAUCAAAUCAGGCCAAAAAGCACAAGUGAUGUGCCACCGCUGGACCCGGAAUGA